CCGACCAUGACGGUCAUCUCGGAUCUUCUGAUGCAGGAGGCUGCGAUGCCUAGCUAAAUCGAUACACGGAGCUGGCGGCUGCUUGCCUAGUCUAUUCCGAGUCUCACAUACUGGCUUCACGCCCAGAAGGCGCGUUAUCCGAACAGGUCUUUCGCCACCAGCGUUGUACUCGCGGAGUCGCUACCAGUGCUCCGAGGACGGAUCGGAUUGGUUUGGGAACUCUCGGAGCCAGCUGUGAGUGCCGCACAACCACUCUCGACACGAGUAGGGCAUUCUCAGGACUCCUACGGAAUGAGUUCGAACUGUGAAAUCCUUGAUGAGCAACCACGUCCUCUACGAGAAUACCUCGGUCUUAGUGCGGGACGGUCCAUCUGGGUUCGUGCGGCGAGCGUUUACUUCACGUUGUACCGCUGGCACCGCAGUCUGAGCGGCUCGCCCUACAGCAUCGAUGCCGUUCUGUGGAGCUCCAUUGAUGCGGCAAGGGUCGUACUUCGAUAGCGGCACAGAUAGCAAUUGAAGCCGCACUUUCCGGAGUCAUGCCCUCUCAUCAAAUCAGAUCGCUCAGCUCAUUGCCGUGAUACCCUCUCACUCGGAGGAGUACCCCAAGACUUGGUAAUCUAGCGGCUUCGAAGCCGAUUCAUGCUGUCCUGAGUUCAAGCCCAAUUUCAUGAAACAACGCUUCGCGCGAUUCGUGUAGACAACUCGUCAUAUUGCGCAUACG